AUGAGCAGACAAUCAUCUGUUCCUGACGACCCGCCCCCGUCUGCAAUCAGACAAGCAAAACGCAAGAACAGCCCAUCCACUCCCGGACCGUCGGUAGGAACACCAGAAGGCGAUGUGCCAGAAACGACUAAGAGAGUUCGUACAACAAGCGCAAAAAGCCAGUCAAAAGUGCAGAGUCAGAAUAAUUGGCCCGAAUAUUUCGUUGAGUUAUACAAGGUCUUCAAGGCACUCAAUACAGUGCUUGCAUUCUGCUCGUCUCGAAAACAUCUUGCCAUCACAUUUCCGGUCGUUCGCUCCUCUGUAGAAGCUCUUCUCAAAAAGCAACUGGAAAAAGUCGUGGAACUCAAAGCUCUGUUACCUGAUCUCAUCCGAUUUGCUUACAUUCCCCGUGACCAACUGCGUAUAAAUGCCGAAUCCCAAGGUGAAGCUGACAAGAAAAGCAAAGGCCGUGGCGGUUCUCCUGACUAUUCAGCUUUCACUGUUGGAAGUAGCUCUGCUGGCUUCUCCCAUGCCACACCUCACGAAGAUGAGCAUGUCCUUGUGUUGGACUUUGCUGCGGCCAAAGGCACCGGGAAGAAACCUGACGCUCCUGCGUUUGCGUACCAGCUCGCACCAUCUCUAAGUCCGGCCGCCGUCAAGAAGCUCAUUGAAAAACGGAACCAACGUUUUGAGCACUCUGUGAAUGAGCUUCUUGAUGCAACACCAGACUCUGAUAAUCCGGCCUAUCUCAUACAAUCUGCAGCUCGUGAUCAUAUCCCAGUAAAUCCGAAUGUCAUCAAGGAAGAAGACGUUUCAGAAACCGGGCGUACCAAAGAAGUGCCAGGUCCUACUGACCGAGACAGCAUUGACACUAUUCUCCAGGAGAUCAUGGCGUCAGAAUGGUACAAAGAUCAAAUAGUGGACCGACGGGUGUUUCAUGAGAAGGAGGGCCGAUUAGGAACACUGGCAGUCCCAGUGUCAAACAGUAUCAUGCAGGCUCUCCGGAGCUCAAGAAAAAUAUCUUCAUUCUAUUCCCACCAAGCAACAGCAAUUGACGCGAUUCGAGAAGGAAAGAACGUGAUUGUCUCUACAAGUACUGCAUCUGGCAAAAGUGUAAUCUAUCAGGUCCCGAUGUUGAGGUUCCUGGAGGAGGAUCCUAAUGCCAAGGCGCUGUACAUCUACCCAACAAAAGCACUAGCGCAGGAUCAACGAGUCGCUUUGGAACAGCUACUGUGGUCCUGUGAAGGGCUUGAACAUGUCAAAGUUGCGAAUUAUGACGGCGAUACACCUAUGGAACAACGAGAGGGUAGUAUAAGAACCUCGUCAUCCGUAAUAUUCACGAACUUCGACAUGUUGCACGCGUCCAUCUUGCCUCAUGAAGAGAAUUGGCGGCAGUUUUUCAAGGCAUUGAAGCUAGUUGCAGUUGAUGAGCUCCAUUAUUAUUCGGGAGUCUUUGGAACGCACGUGGCGUAUAUCAUUCGGAGACUCCGUAGAAUAUGUGCAGCCGUCGGCAAUCGAAGGAUUCGCUUUGUGUCGUGCAGCGCAACGAUUUCCAAUCCCUUCCAGCAUAUGAAAAGUAUUUUCGGUGUAGAUAACAUUGAGGUUAUCACGGACGACGGUGCUCCUUCUGGAAGGAAGGACUUUCUUAUCUGGAACCCACCUCCUAAUGAUCCCAUGGAUCCCACAUUGGGCCGACAUAGCACUUUAGUAGAAUCCACAAGUCUCAUGCGAUUUCUCAUGAAGAAGGGUGUCAGAACAAUUCUAUUCUGUAAAUAUCGGAAGAUGUGCGAAUUGGCGAUGAAAACAUUGAGGCAAGACUUGAGUGCAGAAGGGCGUCAUGAUAUCCUGAAACGCGUUAUGGCUUAUCGCGGAGGUGAUGUUUCAAACUUGGUUUAUCAACCUGCGAAAUUUAUGUAUAAACUAACCUCAACCAAUGUAAUAGGUUAUUCUCAAAAGGAUCGUCGAAAAAUAGAGCAUGAGGCGUUCUCCGGUAAUUUGCUCGGAAUUGUAGCGACAAACGCACUUGAGCUUGGUGUCGACAUUGGGGCCCUUGAUGCUGUAAUUAUGCUCGGCUUUCCUCUUGGAAUUGCUAGUAUGAGGCAACAAGCAGGUCGAGCGGGCCGAAGAGCUCGGGAUGCUCUGGCUGUACUAGUCGCCGACUCUCUACCACUGGAUCAGUAUUACGUCCAAAACCCAAACGAUCUAUUUGACAGUAACGUGGAUGAUUUGCUCAUUGACCUUGAUAGCAAGGUCAUCAUUGAAGCGCAUCUUCACUGUGCGGCUUUCGAGAUGCCCUUGACAGAGGAAGAUUCCGCGUACUUCGGUCCCCGUCUCGACAAAAUCUGUCAAGCGUCCCUUACGAGAGACAAGGAUGGGUGGUAUCAUCCCAACCCUAAAUUCCUUCCGUAUCCCAGUAAACACGUUUCAAUCAGGGGCAUACAGGAAGACAUCUAUACUGUUAUAGACACCACGGACGUCAGCCAGGGUGGAAGUGCGAAGCUUCUUGAAGAAAUCGAGGUUUCGAGAGCUAUGUUUGAGGCAUUUGAGGGCGCAGUGUUUAUGCAUCAGGGCAUGACUUACAUUGUUACAGAAGUCAGCCAUGAUUCGAGGAUAGCAAAGAUUAUACGCGCGGAUGUUAAUUGGACGACAAAACCAAGAGACUUCACAAACAUAGAUGCUCUCAAGACGACUCGUAUUCGAGAAAUCAAGGGGUCCACAAUUCGUGCAUAUUACGGAAGCAUUGAACUGAAGACAGUCGUAUUCGGAUACUUCAAAAUUCGAAAUAACGUCAUACUUGACACAGUGGGUCUAGAAAUGCCGCCAUUUGAGCGAAACACGACUGGUUUCUGGAUUGACUUACCGAAGUCUACGCUAGAAAUUUUGCGUCGGAAAGGAAUCAACGCAGCCGAAGCUAUCCACAGCGCAGAACAUGCCUUCCUUAAUCGAUUUCCGAUGUCAGCGGACGUUGGAACCGAAUGCAAGGUGGCCGUAAAGGAAUACAACGCAGCAGACUCCAAGAGAAAGCGUCCAGCGAGUGCAGGAACACAAGGCGCAAUAGCAGCGAAAGCUUUCGACCACGUUUCUGACCUUAUGCACGACGCCUUCGAGACUGUCGAAUCCUGCGAUUGCGGCGACGGGUGCGACAAAUGUAUUCGAAGUGCUUUCUGUAGAGAGCACAAUCUCGUGUACUCGAGAAUCGGAGCUCAGAUUGUCAUUCGUGGUAUACUCGGACUGCCGAUUGACGUCCAAGCUAUUCCGGAAGGCACUUCAGACGGAGUUGAUUCAAUUAUCCAGGCCGAUCCCGUCAGAGUUGCAGAUGGGGUGCAAGUGGAAUAUUAUGCAGACUGA